AAAAAAGUCAAACAAAAAAAUUUUUUCUCAUUCAACAUAAAAAUUAUCACGGAGCCAAAAACAGCCUAAAAAUUCGGUCACUUAGACACUCAAUGAACCCAUAUUCCAACAGCACAGGAUGUGUACCGCUUUUGUCACAGGAAACCGAGCUCCUCAAUCAUCUUUACCAUGAGAUUCGCAACAACAAAUACAACUUUCCAAACUCAAAUCUACGUAAACUAAUUGAAAGCUACCCACGCGAUGCCAGACGUGAGUUAAUGAAACGUGAGCGGGACGGGAUCUGUCCACUAUUCUCAUCAGCACUUAAUGGAAACUCAAUGGCUGUCGAGUACUUAGUCACAACCUGCAAUGCUGAUCUGGAACAGAAAAAUCUUUACGAAGUCGAGGAAGAGAAGACGUUCCAUUACUCAACGCCAUUGUGGGCUGCAGCUGUGGCUAAUCAUUUGCCAGUUGUGAAGCUUCUCGUGCGACUCGGUGCAAAUAUUAAUGCCAUAAGUGAUUCAGGCUCAACAGCCGUGAGGAGUGCCUGCUUUAUGACCAAUAUUGAUGUUGUACAAUUUCUGGUCGAAUCCGGUGCUAAUUUUAAGCUGCCCAACUUUAAUGGCGGAACGUGCUUGAUUAAUUCCGUUCAAAGUAUUGAGCUGUGCAAGUAUCUUAUCGCUAAGGGUGCUGAUGUUAAUGCCAGAGACAUCCAGAACAAGACAGCACUUCACUAUGCCAUCCAAGAGUACCGACUCGAGACAACAAAGCUUCUCAUCGAGCAUGGUGCCAAUGUGUUCUCAAAAUCCCGCUAUGGUGAUGAUGCCUUGCAAACAGCAUGUCUCAAAGGUGCUCAUGAAAUUUUCGAGUAUUUAAAAUCGCGGAUUUAUUUCACGCCAGAGCGACUUGCGAAUGCUUACGAGCUGAUAGGAACAACAGUCAUAUCUGAUGAUCAUCAACUGCACAACCAUAAUAAUGAGAAUCAUGCAAUUACUUAUUGGCGUCAAUCGAUCGACAUCCGAACUCGUGAAAAUAUUCCAAAGGAUAUUUUGCCGGUUCGGUCUGCAUUUGGUGGAAUUCGUGAAUUUUCGAACCAUGAAGAGCUUAAUAACAUCGAGAUGGACUUGGAUGAUAUGAGGAUGACAGCUCUUGUGAUAAGUGAGCGGAUUCUUGGUACACAUCAUCGAGAUUUCUUAUUCCGACUUCUUUACCGUGGUGCAUUCUUUGCUGACUCAAUGCGAUAUGAUAGCUGCCUGAAACUUUGGAUUCUGUCGCUGGAAAUCCGCGUUGAACGCAAUACAAUUCUUCAUUCCGAUACUGUUUUUGUAGCUCAAGCAAUUAUCAGACUUAUGCUGAACUUGAACCUUAAAGACAUCGAUUUGAUUCAUUUUGAGGGUGCGGCACUUCAGCCACAUGACAUGCCAAAUUUUGAGGAGAUUCACAAAGUUUUUCAGCUCUUGACUACCGAGAUUGUUGAGAUGAAGCAACUGCUAGCCAUUCGUCCGAUUUAUAAGAAGCAACAGGAUAAUUUUGACAAGGUUCUUAAAUGUGUCACUCAUCUGAUCUACUUAAUGCUUGAUACAGCUAAUAAUUGUGAAGAGAAGCUUGAUCUUGUUUAUGCUGGUGUCUUUAGGAUCGUUAGGAAUAAUGUGACAACAUCAAAUCAUGACACAUUGCUUCAUAUGUGUGUAUCAAGGCUGAAUUAUGUCAAACAUGGAUAUUUUGCAGAUCAUAACAUUACAGCUAAGUCUGUGUUUCCUAAUUUGAGGGUUGUGAAGAUGCUCUUGCAGUGUGGAUCGCCUGUGAAUGCUAGGAAUGAUUGUCGGUCAACUCCGCUGUUUAUUGCGUCAAAUCCUUACAAUUAUAACUUUGAGCUGAUCGAGACUCUCCUCAACUCCGGAGCCGAGCUCGACUACCCCAACAAGACCGGAGAUCGUCCACUAAAUCUAAUCAUAUCAAAUCCAUCAAACAAUAUUCCGAUCAUAAAUUAUCUCACCUUAAAAUGCUUAGCAGCAACAGCCAUCUGCAAAUUUCGUAUUCCUUACAAAAAUUUAAUACCAAAGACACUCGAGACAUUUGUUCAGGAUCAUUUAGGAUAAAUAAAAGUUUUUGACAGGCUUUAUAUAGGCGCAUAUACAGCAUUUAUUAAAAAUUGUGUGAUUAUCAAACAAAAUAGGAAAUUAAUUAUAAUAGAGUAAACAAUUGACAACAAAAAUACAAUUUUUAUUAUUUAUCUAAAUUAUGAUAUUUCUGACUCCGUAUUUAUCAAUAAUAUUUAAAUAGUUCAUAAACAUUCUAUAAUUAAUAUACUUGGGUUGUGUAG